AUCUCAGUUGGCGCGCGUUUACGAGCGGUUGCUAUGAGACCAGACGUUGAACGCCGAUAAAUGUCUCUCUUACUGGUAAAUUUAGCAACAAGUCGUGCAUUUGUACACUUUUGUGAGACUUUUGUCACGAAAACUAACGUGAAGAGAAGCUGGGAUCGGACCUGGUAGGCACACGAAGCUGUUGCAUAAUGGAGAGAUUGCUGUCUGAAGAUUUGUAUCUAAAUCCCCAUCGGCUUUCCCUGUGUGGAAAGAUAAUCUUAUUUAACUGCAAACGAGCUUCAGCCACGAGUGACAGCGAAAGAAGUGAGUUAAUAUUCCGCAGCCUCUCAUUUGAACGGGAGGGCAGCACGUUUGUGAAGGCAGCUGACGGAGCAGCUGUCAUCGGCAGGAAAACAUCAGCGCAUGUGGAUAUUGUGAAAUGUAAAUGUGCCAUAAAUGUUCAGAGGAGAGUCACCGCCGCGUGUGUUUUGGUGACAAAGAAGAGUGAGACAGGAGAAAGCUUUCAGUAUAGUCUCCUCACACUGAGCAGCUUAAACAGAUUGGAGCCAUGCAUUGAGUUUAAGCUCCCAUAUCAAAUGAGGGAGAGUGUGUCCAUCCUGCAUGGCCCCACAGUGUUGUGGAGCCAUGCUGGUAAUGUCUUCUAUGCAUCUCUGCAAGCAGGAGAGGUGAGAAAGGUACCCAUUCACUUGUCCAACAUUGUUAUUGGAGAGCUUCCCUUCCACAAAGAGCAAGUUUUUGUCCUUGGACUGAAAACAGAACAGUGCUCGGAUACUCAGUCCACAAGCCAAACCCUGGGAUAUUUUGUCGAGAGUGGACAUGUGUUUGAUGGCACUUUGAUUCUUCCCAAUCCCUACAUUUGCAUCACAAGGUGCAUCCUGGUGCUGUCAGCAGAAAAAGUGGAUAACAUGCUGAGAUCUGUUUUGGUUUCAGCAACUUCUAAUCAGCAGCUGGUUUAUUUUGAGAAUGGCAUUGUGAAAGAUGUGUGUCAGCUCCCUUUUGAACAGCCUGAAAAUAUUCAGGUGGUCGACACAGGAAGAAAUGGCUGCCUGUUUGUCGUGUCCUUUCACCAGGGGCAUGUAUGUGCUGUGUGGAAGGAAACAUUUCAGGUAGCCUCCUGCUGGUCAGGUGUCAGCUCUGUUCAUGUGGAUGACUUCCUGGGAUGUGGAACAGACCAGAUACUGUUGGUUUUUAAGCACGAAGGCAAAACAGGAAAGCCUUUGGAAAAAUUCCUCCUCACUGACCUUUGUGGCAUUUCACAUUCUCAUGGUCAGGACAGUGAAACACCAAACACACUACCUCCUCCGCCAGAGAACAAUCUCCUCACUCUUCGAGCUUUAGAGUCUAGACUACAGAGAGGAUUGACUGUGCUUCAGGAGCUUCAACAAGAGGUGAGAGUGAAGGACAGAGUUCUGCAGCAGUCGGUCCAAGCCCUCACAGAUGCGGUCUCAGAAAGAGAGACUAUUCUUACAAAGCAUGAGCAGGAAGGCCUUAUUGCUCUGUGGGACUUUGAUGAGGAUGAGUCAAAGGACGAGGCCUUGGAUGAUGACAAGAUGGAAGACAUGCCAGCAGUGUCUUCAAAACCUCACGUUGACAAGCUGUGGCAUCGCUUCGCUGCGGAGCGAAUGGUUGUGGGAGUGAUACUAACUACUGACAGCUCAGUACCAGUGGCCGGUGUGAGCUUAUCCAUCCUGACAGAGACGGGUCAGAGCUCAACGCCUGCAGUCAUCCAGACCCAGAGCCAAGUGUUCUGGCUCCCUGCGCCCUGCUCCUCAUCAUCCUCCUCUGCCGCCACGUUCUCAGAGCCCGCAGCCAAAAGAAGCAAGCAGCACAAUGUCGGCAGACGCAAUGAUCUCAACACAUGCAGACUGGCUGUGACUGCUGUGACCAGGCUGACACCUCUGUUGAACUCUGGCAGUGUCAAGUGCCGUGUCGUGCUCCAUUACGUCCAGAGACAAGACGCACUUGCCCUCAUGAGCAACCCAACACCGGCUGUCUUGCAUUGUGGUCAAGUUCCUUUAGACAUCCACAGUGAUUUCCAGACCCAACUGUUAAAAAAUCCCGAAAUCAAAACAGAUGAGGUCAUGGAGGACUUGCUGAGUCUGAUGGCGGUGAUGGAUCACUGGGUGAUCCACAUAGACUCUCCGGAUCACAGCUUAGGUGAUAUAGAAGGCUGGAUUCAGAGAAGAGUGGGUUGUAAGAGGAUAGAAGUGAUGCCUCAGUAUCUACUCCUAAAAUCUUCAGGACCAUCUGCUCUCAUGCUGCUGCACUGGCAGCAGAUAACCCCUUUCCAGGGGGAGCUGUCUGUCCACUCCAGCCAGUUACAGAUGCUACAAUUCCUGGACUCUCUCUUGGCCUACCUCCCUGUAUCCUGCUCCAUCCAGCCUGUCAAAGGUACGCACGGACAGCGUGCAGCACAAAUAUUUUCUUUGGCUCUGGAGAAAGAGGUCGUGUCUCUCAGAGGAUGUGUGUCAUCGCUACUUUGUGAAGGAGAGGAGGAAGUGGAGGAGAGGAAGAUAAUUGGACAUGAGGAAACCCCUGAGCCAGGGUCUGCAGAGGGGCUCCAGAGGUGCAGGGACGUGUUUCAGCGGGAUGUGGAGAGGAGCAAGAUGAGGUUGAGCCCCCUGGUGGAUGUGAAGAGGUAUCGUGAGUUUACCCAAAACAUGUCCAAAGUUCAGCUGGAUGGAGAUUUAGCAGCUCUUUUAGACACUCAGAGAACUCUGCUUGGCUGAAAUGCUGCAGAUGUGGAUUAAAAUCCCAUCCCUAAAUCGGGACAAUUACUAAUAAAGAAAAAAGUCAACAUAUUAAUUGUGCAUCGUGUCAAGUGUAAUGACAAAAAGACAGUUCAUUAUGUAUACUCUGCACAUUUCACCUGUACUGACUGAGAGCUCCACCGUUGCUGGCUUGCUGUCUCUCUGCUGAGCUGUGUGUGUGUCUACUCGCUCAGAUUCUCAGGUUUUGUAUCUAUCUGCUGCCUCAGCCUAUUUCCACUGGAUAACCUCCUGGGUUUCACAGCCUUAAUCUGAUACUGAUGCGAUAUUGCUCAGUUUAUUCUUCUGUUCAUGUCCCUUUAAACCCAAGCGCUCCUUUAUGUGUGUCACCGUUCAGUAGGAGACCACUUUCAUCCUGGAGUGAAAAACUGUUUGUGUUAAUAAAGGCAAUAUAUGAUGGAAGAGCAACGGGGUUAUACAUCUGCUCGGCGACGAGAGUUGACUGAAAGCUUUUAGUGGUACUUUUCUCUCGUGGCUCAGUUAUUUUCCUGUUAAACGCUGUAAAUAGAAAAAGUCUCUCGCUCAGGCUGUCAGCACUGUUAGUCAAAAUGCAGUUUGUCCGAGUAAACACAAAAUCCUACUUCAAAGGGCCUCAGCUUUUCUGGAUACAUGAGGUCUGUGGCAGCUCGGCCAGUAGUGUUUGCUAAAAUGGCUGGUGAGGGUUUUAUUUUCUUCUCCCAGUGGGGGCUGAAAAAUGAGGAUGUGCAUUUUAUUUGCUCCGGGAGCUACUCUAUCUGUGUGUUGUACUGUAGUCUGAGGAGAGAUAAACUCUCCCCACUUUUACAUCUUUUAUAUGACUGCUUUAUUGCAAGAAACAGCUUCCACUAGACUCACCGCCACAGGACUCCCCUAAACAUAGUCAAAACAUAAUUACUUUGAAGUGAGAGAUUCCUAAUGUGUUGCUUUAUGAUAGCAAUGCCACUGUGGGUUAAUGAAAUGUUAAAGAAGUGAACAAUAUAUUUCUGUCUUGUUAGAAUGGAAAUAAAGCUCCU